UACUGUACAGUCUGAUUCUGUCAUUUGGACUAAAAUAUAUCCUGUGUAAAUGUUGUUUGACAGGCAUAGCAACGUUGCGUAAAUGUCAUCAGCAAGUUAACCUGCAGCCUGAACUAAGUAGAACCGUGAACUGGGCAGUGAAAUAGGAAAACAAUGUAAUUACUACCAGUUAUUACUGGAUAAACAGUCUUAAAUGGGUGUUUCGAGUCUCACGGUGGACAAAUAUGGACCUGUGGUUGAUCUGUCAAGCCAGGGAAUGCAGAAGCUGGAGCCAGCGUUUCCUUGCCCUGCUGGAGCCCACAUACUGAUCCUGGACAAGAACCAGAUCAUAAAGCUGGAGCAUCUGGAUAAGUGUAGAGAGUUAAUGCAGUUGUCUGUGGCCAACAAUCGCCUUGUGCGGAUGAUGGGAGUAGCCAGACUGACGAACCUCAGGGUACUGAACUUGCCUAACAACAGCAUUGGGUAUGUCGAAGGGCUAAAGGACCUGGGGCAUCUGGAGUGGCUGAACUUAGCCGGGAACAACAUCAAGGUAAUUGAUCAGAUAAACAGCUGUGUGGCGCUUAAGCACCUGGACUUGUCUGACAACAACAUCUCGCAGAUAGGAGACCUCUCAAAGCUUCCCUCGUUAAAGACUCUCCUGCUUCAUGGAAACAUCAUAACAACCCUGCGCACUGUGCCAAUUCAUCUGCCUACAGGGCUGAACAUCCUGUCUUUGGCAGAAAAUGAAAUAUGUGAUCUCAGUGAGGUUUCUUUUCUGAAUUCCCUCUCUGAACUGGAACAGUUGUCCAUUAUGAGCAACCCCUGUGUAAUGGCUACUCCCUCCCUUCCUGGGUACGACUAUCGGCCCUACGUAGUAAGCUGGUGCCUCAGCCUCAAGAUCCUAGAUGGCUACAUUGUGUCACAGAAGGAAGGGUUGAAGGCAGAAUGGCUCUAUAGUCAAGGCAAAGGGCGAUUGUACCGUCCUGGGCAUCACAUCCAGCUGGUGCAGUACCUGGCUUCAGUUUGCCCCCUGUCAUCCACCCCUGCCUUGCAGUCUGCAGAGGAUGCCAAAUUGGAGAAGAUACUAAACAAACAAAGACUUCAUCAGAAACAGCUGCAGCAGCAGUUUCAGAAAGGAUGUCCAACCAGCUCAUCCACACCAAACCGACCUGUUCAACCAGUCGAGCACUGCAGUCCGACACACACGCCACUGGGGUCCGCUGACAGAGAGCCUAUACCUCAGAUCAACACCUGGUUGGGAAGGAGUGUGUCUGCUGGUAACCCCUAUGUUGCUGAGCAGAUUGCACGAUCCUCUUCAUCCCGCAACGAGCCCUUAUACCUGGAAGACGUCCAGACGGACGAGGACAAGCUGAACUGCAGCCUCCUGUCCUCCGAGUCCACAUUCAUGCCUGUGACUUCCCCUCUGUCACCUACCUGCAAGCUGAAGCUUGAAAAGGAAGAGGUGUCAGAAAAGGACCUUGAUGCUACAGUCCUGCAAUUCAGAAAUAGUGCAGAGACCGGGGUGAGUGAGGCUAAGGAGCCAGUCUGGACAGAGAAGCAGACUGUUGGGAAGGCAGCAAAAGAGGGUCACAGCAGUUGUGACAUUGCAGCCUCUAUGACUGGAAGCAAUCUGCUGGAGAUAGCGCUGCCCUUUGAAGAGAGGUCUGAGAAAACCGUUACUGAGGAAGAGGAAAAGAAAGGUAUCCUUCAUGGUUUGAAUGAAGCAGCCGUCAGAAUUCAGGCAUGCUGGCGAGGCUUUUGGACCAGGCGUUUCAACCCCAGGGCUAAGGAAGUUCGCUCUGAAAUCCGCCUGCGCAGAAUGCAGGACCACAUUCUUUUCCUGUCUGAUGAAUUAAGACAGCUGAGAAAGGAAUAUGAAGAAGAGCGAAUACAGAGGCUUGUGCAAGAAGAGGCUGUAAAGUUCAUGUGGAAACAGCUUCAGUACUUCCAGCAGUGGCAGCAGUCUGUAAACCAGCAGCUUCAGUCUGUUUCCCGGCGAGAGAUUCCUUCAUCCAGCACUUUGGCUCCAUCCAUUCUCUCCUCCUCAAAUCUCUAUGAUUCCAAACCCCACACCUCUCUGGCGUUCAGCACCAAAGGACCAGCAUCCCACUGCUGCGAGCAGUCCUUCCCUGACUCUGGCUUUCACUCCUCUGCUGGUGGGGGUGAACCUGAGCAGCUAAGGCGCACCCUGCUUUCCAGCCAGUGCGCUACGGAAGAGAGCCUGAGCUCUGGCACUGGGGCCUCUAUAGAGACUGUACGACCAUUCACUGAGGGGCAGACUGAGAACAUGGAAGGCACAGAACUGGGCGAGGAGGUAAACAGCAAGGAGAGUUCACAGAGUGAACAGGACAGCAGCCUACUUGAGCAAUAUCUGAAUUCUGUCCAGCAGCUGGAGGAGGCAGAGGACUGGGCUGGGGAGAGGACAGAGAGCCCCAGACCCAACUCUGCAGAGGUGAGAGAGACCCCCCCACGUCCUCCUCUUACUCCUGAAGAGACAUCGGCAGUAUUGCAGGCUGACCAAACUCCCAGUCCAGAGGUACAGGACAGGAGGGUGGAGCCAGCCUUGCAAGGCCUGCCAGUGGAAGCAGGUGUGUAAAAGUGCUUGCCACAGUUGUAACUUUCAAUGGAUACAACAUAGAUAACUGGGGCCAUUAGAACUAUCUUAUUUCAGUUUGUUCCCCUCACCAAGCACAGAACUAAGGGGAAUGAAUCGCCAACAUUUUCAAACUGUUGCCUAAGGGGUGAACAAACUGUACAUUUCAGACUACACUCGCACAUGCCUAAAAGGCUACCCUGUAUAAUAAAUAAAAAAAUAUAUUGUACUUUCUGUUUACAUUGCAUUCCAAUACCCUUCUCAGUGUUUUAGGCUAAACUGUCCAUUAAACUCUUUCCUUCACGAUGGCUCCCACACAGUGUUGCAUGCUGGCAAUCACGGACAGUAAUUGUCAUGAAUUGGGGUGCAAUCUUUCUACCCAAGGCACUUGAGGAUGUUAAAUUGUCUGUAAAAAUGUAUAGUCAUUCUUAUGAAUGUCCGUUGCCAGUGCAGCUGUUACAUACCAUUUGA